AUGUCGGCAAAGCUUUUGUAUAACUUGUCGGACGAGAAUCCAAAUCUGAAUAAACAAUUUGGAUGUAUGAAUGGGAUCUUCCAGGUAUUUUACCGGCAACAUUAUCCUGCGAGACGUGUUGUUGUAGCCGGAGACGAGGUCAAGUCUAUGCCUUCAGGGAAAACAACUGAAAAUGUUGGUGAUACCAACGUUACAACGGACAACAAGGAAACGGAGAAGAGUAAGAAGAAGAAGAAGAAGAAGGUUGCAAAGGAGAAACAAAGGGUAGUAUCCUCUGAAUCAUCAUCUAGGCUGUCGUUUUCUUCUUCACAAUGUUCCUCGAGCUUCUCGUCUGCAGAUAUCAGCACCACGACAUCUCAGUUUGAACAACCAGGUUUGAUGCAAACGAGUAAUGGUGAGAAUCCCAUAAGAUUGUCGAGUGGUUUAAGGGAGCUUGUGAGAAACUCCAUUCAUAAGGAGACCAGAGCCAGAGAUGAAGAAGAAGCCGUGUCUCAGCAACAACCUAAAUCAGCAAAAUCUAACGUGUCUCUUCUCAAUGAAUCAUCACCAUCUCGGAAUUCUAAUGAAUGGAGCGAAGGAAGGAGAGUAGUGAAGCUGAAAGACAGUCCUCGGUUCUCUUACGAUGAGAGGGAGGCAAGGAAGACAGGCGCCAAGUUCAAAGAGACACCGAGGUUGUCGUUAGACAGUAGAUCGAAUUCCUUUAGGAGUGCAAGAUCUAGUUCUUCACCAGAGCCGCAAGAGCUUGUAACGGGUCACAGAAGAACAACGUCGAGUGUUGUUGCCAAACUGAUGGGUCUUGAAUUCAUUCCAGACGAGUCUGUUACUGAUCAGGUCAGAGAGAACCGCUUCUGCGACUCCCCGAGGCCAACUUCACGAGUGGAUGCAGAUCUACAAAGAUCAAGAAGUUCUGAUCCAAUCAAGAAGAUGAUGCCUGUUAAGUUUCCUAUGAAAGCAGUUGAUGCGGCCACUACGGUGACGGUUUAUGGUGAGAUACAGAAGCGGCUUUCGCAGCUUGAGUUCAAAAAGUCCGAGAAAGAUCUCAGCGCUCUAAAGCAAAUACUCGAAGCAAUGGAGACGACACAGAAGUUGAUAAACAAAGAUGAUGACAACAAUACUCUGAGUUCAACCAAUUUCAUGCAGCCAGUUCCAUCAGCAGCAACAACAAGCCCGCCGUCCAAGAGUUCCAGAUCUUCGUCUACGGUAGUAAUGAACGCAGCAACUGCUUCAGUUUUCAAAGAGACAGGCAAUUAUGGUUCCGCCUCUUACUCGCCACGGAGUGUUACUUUACCAAGUGUCAAGGUUUCAAACCAGAGGCAAAGCCAGAGAGUCAAUCCGAAGAAGCAGAGCGCCAUGGAUGUGACACCAAGGCCAGGAGUUUACAAGGGCCAAACAGAUUCACCAACAAAAAACACUGGUUCCAGACAGUUACUGCCCAAAAAUGAGAUGGCCAAGUCAGGAAAGCCUAGUGUCAGCCCAAGAACACAGUCGAAGAAGCUCGGGUUGGAGAAGCAGUCUAGACCAACGUCUCCAAAACCAGAACAGAACAGGAUCCAAAGACAAAAGCUUAGUAGGCAACAGACCGAAUCAGCCUCCCCAAGAAGAAAACCUCGGAGCGUGCAGCAAUCAGAAGACCGUUUGAGUGAUGAAAGCAGUGACUGGAGAAGUCUAAGAUCCGACAGCAACGUAAGCUCGGCUUCUAACCUGGACAGUGAGGUUACAAGCAGAUACAAAUAUGAAAGGAACAGCGACUUCACGGAGCAGCACACACCAAAACAAAGGAGUCCAGAACUGGGAAUGAGGUCGUUACCAAAACCUCUGAAAGUUACGGUGGAGCAGCCAAGCCCGGUUUCAGUUCUUGAUGUAGCCUUCGACGAAGAUGAGUCACCAUCCCCUGUGAGGAAGAUAUCCGUUGUCUUUAAAGACGAUGAUCAUCUACGUUCUGAAGAGUCCGAGUGGAUGAACAAGCACAGAACCUUACGUAGGUCGAUUGUGUGGCCUGAGACUGAGAGUAACGGGAGUCUAAAUCAGUCAGAUGCUGAACUUACUGAGGGUAUCAGGGAAGAAGGUGCGGAAUUAAACAACGGUGACCACAAGUACAUCUCAGAGAUACUGUUAGCAUCUGGGCUUCUAAGAGAUAUCGACUACAGCAUGCUAAGCAUUCAGCUGCACCAAGCACACCUACCCAUCAAUCCGAGCCUUUUCUUCGUCCUGGAACAGAGCAAGACAAGUAAUGUGACUCAACAUGACAGCAAACAUAGAGGCAUAGGAUUCGGACAACAACAAACGGCGAACCUGAUAGAGAGAAGCAGGAGGAAGCUUGUAUUUGACACCAUAAACGAGAUCUUAGCUCGCAAAUUCACAGCAGAAGGGUGUACGAAGCAACAACCAUACAUAACAACAUCAAUCAGCCAGCUAAGGACAACAAACAAAAGUUCAAAAGGGAAAGAACUUCUGAAAACUAUGUGUUCAGAGAUUGAUCGAUUACAAGAUAACUCAAAAUGCAUCUUGGAUGAAGACGACGAAGACCUUUUUUGGGAGGACUUGCAAAGCCAAGGCAUGAACUGGAAGGAGAUUGAAGGAGAGACACCAGGGUUAGUGUUAGACAUUGAGAGGCUAAUCUUCAAGGACUUGAUAAGUGAAGUUGUGACAAGCGAGGUUGCUGCUUCUCCAGGAAUGCUCAGUGGACAACCCAUACGGGUUUUCAAUUGCUAAUAUGCCUAAUUAAUGAUCACUUAGAACUGUAAAUGAUUUGAUUUCUUGGUUCUGUGAACCCUUUCUUGUAUUCUCUUCUUAAUAGUUUAUGUAAAGACUCAACUCAAAAUAAAACUCAAUAAUGUGAAGACCAAA